AUGUCGAGCAACGAGCGGCCUCGAGCCGAGCGGCAAGACACGCUCCCAUCACGGAAUGAGGAAAUGAUUGGUGUUCCCGUCACCCCAAGCAUCAGUAAUGAGGACAAAUCUCCGUUCUUCCAUCACACGCACCUGCCCCAGGAACUACCGCCUCACAUUCUCGAGUCUGUUGGUGCGCAAGGAGCUCCAGAGUACAGCAAUGGCACCGACAACAAUGGUGCACCGACCGGCGAGGAAUUAUUGCGCCGAUUGAGCGUUGCAGCGGCUGGCCAGAAGAAGGAAGCUGAGAGCUUCGAUCCUCGUGCUGCCCACCCUGACCUGAACUUGAGCGGAAAUGUGAUCAGCGCCGCAUUCUGCGUUCCAUACAAGAUCGGCUACACCAACGCUGGAGAAUGGGAACUCAGCUCUCGUAGGGGGACGUCGGCGCUAUUUGACUCGUUCGCAUAUCUCUCCGACGAAAAGUCUCCCUGGAAUCAUACUUUGGUGGGCUGGACUGGCGAGAUUGAUCGUGUCGUCCGCCGCAACGACGAGUCUGUCAAUACUAACGGUGCGUCGUCUAUGAAUGCCAUACCGCUGAGCAAGGCAUCUGCCCCAAUCCCACCGAACCGUGGAGAGAAGCCUCCACAGCCUAGCGAGCUCGCCGAGCUGCACAUUCCUUACGCGGAGCGACUCAAAUUGGAGAAGCAGCUUGAGGACAAACACGGCAGUCACAUCACGCCAGUCUGGCUCGCCGACAGCAUCGAUGAUGACGAAGUGGCAACGUUCCGCGAUCAGCAACGUUGGAGACGUUAUGGAGAGCACGAAUUGUUCACUCUUUUUCACUACAAACAGAACGAACCGAGCGACGGCCGUGCACUCCGAAAGGCCUGGGCCGACUACUACUGCAUGAACAAAGCAUUCGCGGAUGCCAUCAUCAACAUCUACAAGCCCGGCGACGUGAUCUUGAUUCACGAUUACCAUCUGCUUCUUCUGCCGAGCCUCCUUCGGCAGCGGAUGCCUAGCAUAUAUGUCGGCUUCUUUCUGCAUGUGCCUUUUCCGAGUAGCGAGUACUACCGCUGCCUGACUCGGCGCAAGGAAAUUCUCGAGGGUGUCCUCGGCGCCAACAUGAUCGGCUUCCAAGCUUUCAGUUACGCCCGCCACUUCUCAUCCUGUUCUACUCGUAUUCUGGGCUUCGACUCGUCGUCUGCGGGCGUUGAUGCUUAUGGAGCACACGUCCCGGUCGAUGUGUUUCCAAUCGGCAUCAAUGCCGAGGCUACAAAGCAAGCCGCUUUCGAGUCUCCGGAAGUGGAGCAGAAAAUCGCUGCUCUGCGCGAGCUUUACGCAGACAAGAAGAUUAUCGUCGGCCGUGAUCGUCUCGACACAGUGAGGGGUGUUGCGCAGAAGUUGCAAGCCUUCGAGAUCUUCCUCGAGCGGCAUCCAGAGUGGCAUGACAAAGUCGUUCUCAUUCAAGUCACGAGCCCUACUAGUAUUGAGGAACGUGACGAGAAGGGAGACAAGACUGCGAACAAGAUCUCGGAGCUCGUUGCCAGAAUCAAUGGAUCAUUUGGCUCGCUGAGCUUCACUCCGGUCCAGCAUUACCCGCAGUAUCUGUCGCAGGAGGAAUAUUUCGCUCUUCUGCGUGUCGCAGAUCUCGGACUGAUCACAAGUGUGCGCGAUGGCAUGAAUACUACCGCACUGGAAUACGUCAUUUGUCAGAGAGACAAUCAUGGUCCACUCAUCAUCUCCGAAUUCUCUGGAACCGCUGGCAGCCUCGGAGACGCCAUCCACAUCAAUCCGUGGGAUCUGGGCGGUACUGCGGACGAGAUCAACACCGCUCUGACCAUGUCUGAGCCAGAGAAGGAGAGAACCCACAAGCUGCUUUACGAGCACGUAUCUCUGAACACGGUGCAAUACUGGACGGACAGUUACGUCAGACGACUGUUGACCAAUCUCUCCUCCUACGAUCAGACCAUUGCCACCCCUGCGCUCGAUAGAGCCAAAUGUCUUUCACAAUACCGCAACGCUAGCCGACGAUUGUUCAUGUUCGACUAUGAUGGUACCCUGACGCCCAUUGUCAAGGACCCGCAGUCGGCAAUUCCGUCAGAUAGAGUCAUCCGGACACUGAAGACGCUCGCGUCGGACCCGAACAAUCAGGUUUGGAUCAUCAGCGGCCGAGAUCAGGCCUUCCUGGAUGAGUGGAUGGGCCACAUCUCUGAGCUCGGCCUUUCGGCUGAGCACGGCUCUUUCAUGCGCAUGCCAAAUUCCACCGAGUGGGAGAACUUGACCGAAACAUUCGACAUGGAAUGGCAGAACGAGGUCCUGAAUGUCUUCAACCACUACACUGAGCGAACUCAGGGUAGCUUUGUGGAGCGAAAGAAGAUUGCGCUCACUUGGCACUACCGGAGAGCGGACCCUGAGUACGGCGCUUUCAUGGCUCGCGAAUGCCACAAGUACCUCGACAAUACAGUCGCCAAGCAUCACGACGUGGAAGUUAUGACUGGCAAGGCCAACUUGGAAGUUCGACCGCGCUUCGUCAACAAGGGUGAAAUUGCUAAGCGUUUGGUGCGUGAAUACGGCGAGGGUCACGAUCAGGCACCCGACUUUGUGCUCUGUUUGGGGGAUGACUCGACCGAUGAGGACAUGUUCCGGACCCUGCGUCAGUCGAAAUUGCCCGAGGAGCACCGCUUCGCCGUCACUGUUGGUGCUAAGACCAAGCAAACGCUCGCGACGUGGCAUUUGCUCGAGCCUUCUGAUGUCAUAUCAGUCAUUGCCUUGCUUAAUGGAUCCACGGAUGGUGGCAAUGCUGGCGCGGUAGCCGUGGUGGACGGCGCUGUGCCUGAAUCCCGAGUGUAG